GAGUGCCGUCCGUUAAUCAAAAAUAAAAGAAAAAUGAUCGGGCAAUUGACGGGUUUUCAUCAAUGAACGACUGCCAAACAACUGUUGCGCUCACCUUCGGACAUGGCAGAUGUGCGUCUCAUGUCGGAGAGAGAUUUACCUGAAGAGGACAUUUACCCGGAAACUACAGGAAGUCUGGCAGAGGACGCGUUUGCCUUCGGAAAUGAUCUGGAGUUAAAUCCUUUUGACGGAUUGCCCUUUUCUUCGCGUUACUACACGCUACUCAAAGAGAGGAAGACCCUGCCGGUAUGGAGAGCCCGGACACAGUUUGUGGAUUCUCUGAUAAACAACCAAUUUGUCGUUGUUUCCGGGGUGGCAAAGACUGGGAAAAGCACACAGAUCCCUCACUGGUGUACUGAGUUCUGCCUCUCCGCUCAGUACCAACAUGGCAUGGUGGUGUGCACCCAGAGCCUCAGGCAGCAGGCCAUAGAUCUGGCCCUGAGGGUGGCUGACGAGAUGGACGUCAACAUCGGACACGAAGUAGGCUACACCAUUCCUCUGGAGACCUGCUGCUCCUCUGACACUGUGCUGAGAUUCUGCACCGACAAUAUGCUUCUCAGAGAAAUGAUGUCUGACCCUCUGCUGGAGCGCUAUGGGGCCAUCGUCAUCGACCAGGCCCAUGAGAGGUCGGUCAGCACAGACCUACUGUUGGGUCUCCUAAAGGGCAUUCUGCUGCAAAGGCCCGAACUCCGGGUGGUGGUCCUCACUGUCUCACCCAUGACGGAUAAGCUGUUGAGCCACUUUGGCAGUGUGCCUGUCAUCAGUCUGGAGACCGAGUGCCUGGCUGAGGUUGUCUACAGCGGUAACAGCAGCAACAACAAAGACUAUUUCUUUUCGGCGAUGAGGCUUGUGCUGGAGAUCCACCGCACCAAAGAGGAAGGUGAUAUCGCUGUGUUCUUGGCCUCGGAGCGGGAGGUUGAGUGUGCCCACAGUAUUCUCCAGAAAGAAAGCACCAGGCUUGGGGCAGAGCUGGGCCAGAUGGUAACUAUGGUCUUGUGUCCAGGACCAGGAAAGCCGCUACCCAUACCUGCAGAGGGACCGGAGUCCAGGCGGUCCAGGAGGGUCUUCCUCUCUGCCCAACAGGGAGAGGAAGUGCUGUGGGCCAUGGACUCUGUCAACUUUGUUAUUGACACCGGAGUUGAAAAAAGACUGGUGUACAAUCCAAGAAUAAGGGCUAACUCGGCGGUAACGCGACCUAUUAGUAGAUGCCAGGCAGACAUGCGCAAGCAGCUGGCUGGACCAACAGGUAAAUGUUUCUGUUUAUAUCCAGAGGAGACGCGGCUCCCUGCAGCGAUCCCUCCCCAGAUCCUGGAGUCCAACAUCACGUCGACAGUCCUCUUACUCAAGAGGAUGGAGAUAGCUGGCCUCGGACCGUGCGACUUCAUGGACAGACCAGAUCCCGAGUGUCUCAUGCAGGCCUUGGAGGAGCUGGAUUACCUUGCAGCUUUAGAUAACGAUGGUAAUUUAUCUGAGAUCGGAAUCAUCAUCUCAGAAUUCCCCUUAGACCCUCAGAUGGCCAAAGCUCUGUUAGCGUCCUGUGAGUUUGACUGUGUGAGUGAAAUGCUGACCAUCGCAGCCAUGCUAUCAGCGCCAAGCUGCUUCCUGGAACUACCUGAUGGCCUGACCUCUGAGGCGGUCCAGUGGCAAAGAAAGUUUCAGCAUCCAGAAGGCGAUCACUUCACCCUCAUAAACAUCUACAAUGCUUUUAUACAAAGCCAGAGAGAGAAUCUUAGUGUUGAUAAGUGGUGCCAGGACUAUUUCUUGGACCUUUCUGCCCUGAAGACAGCCGAUGCCAUUAGGUCAGAGCUGACGGAUAUCCUGAAUAGGAUUGAGCUUCCCAUCUCAGAACCCACCUUCGGAACCAAGACCAAUGCCCAUAACAUCAAGAGGGCACUGUUAUCUGGAUUCUUUAUGCAAAUCGCUCGAGAUGUUGACGGGUCAGGGAAUUACUUCAUGCUGACACAUAAACACAUGGCCCAGGUGCACCCUUUCUCCAGCUAUGGGGCCAAGGCUCACAAACUGGGAUUGCCGGAGUGGGUUGUUUUCCACGAGUACACCCUGUCAGAGAGCAACUGCAUGAGAACCGUCUCGGAAAUUUCCCCUGAGGUGUUCAUUCAGAUGGCACCUCAGUAUUUCUUCUACAAUCUGCCCCCUAGUGAGAGCAAGGAUAUACUGCAAAAACUCUUGGAUCCAGAUGAAUCUGAAAAUUGCAAAGACAUAGAAGAGUCCUCAACAAUCACCAGUGAUGCCAACAAAGACUGUGCAGAGGUAAUGUCACCGGUGAGGAACCUGACAGAUGCCAGAUGUUUGUAGAAUCAGCCCGGAAUACCCUCAGUCACAUUUUCCAUCUCCUUUGGUUCAAACAUCACAAAGCUAGUAAUGGGAGAAA